AAAAGUCGUUAUUGUGUGACUUUAUUGGGACGUCCUCUGUUGGGACGUGCUCAGGCAGCGUUUGUGCGGAGAAGUUUCAGCCUUUUGCAUUUUAACCAAAAGUAUAAUCAUAUACUUGACUUUUCAACUACUGCUGCGAAUUUGGUUCGCAAGCUGUAUCACACAAGUUUAAAGAUGGAUGCUGCUCCGAUUGCACAGCCAAAUGGAGACAUUCAAGACAGUACGGAGAAUGGCAUGUCUGAACAGCAUAAUAAAAAGAGAUUAUCGGUUGAGCGUAUAUAUCAAAAGAAAACCCAACUGGAGCAUAUCUUACUCCGACCUGAUUCAUAUAUCGGUUCAACGCUAAAGGAUGUCCAACCGAUGUGGGUCCUAGAUGAAAAUCAAGAAUGUAUGGUCAAUAGGGAAAUCUCCUACUCUCCGGGUUUGUACAAGAUUUUCGACGAAAUUCUUGUAAAUGCUGCUGACAACAAGGUUAGAGACCCUACAAUGACUUGCAUUAAGAUUGACAUUAAUCCGGCCGAGAAUAUGGUUCGAAUUUGGAAUGAUGGUAAAGGUAUUCCGGUUGUACAUCACAAAGUGGAAAAUGUUUAUGUCCCCACUUUGAUAUUUGGGCACCUUCUCACUUCAAGCAAUUAUGACGAUACUGAAAGAAAAGUGACGGGAGGCAGAAAUGGUUAUGGUGCUAAACUGUGCAAUAUUUUUAGUAAAAAGUUUAUCGUGGAAACCUCUUCUAAAGAGUAUAAAAAGAGCUUCCGACAGGUGUGGGUUGAAAACAUGACGAAAACUUCGGAGCCUAAAAUCUCUGCCGAUAAAGGUGAAGACUUCACAUCUAUCACGUUCUAUCCUGACCUUGCACGCUUCGGUAUGACUGAGCUAGAACAUGAUACAGUAGCUCUGUUUACACGUCGUGCGUAUGAUAUGGCAGCUACUUGUAAUGGUGUCAAAGUUUUUCUUAAUGGGAAGAGGUUACCUAUAAAGGGAUUUGUGGAUUACGUCAAUUUGUUCAUAAAGCCUACGAAAGAAGAUGGUGAUAGUGUCAGAGUUGUAUAUGAAUCGGCUAAUCCUCGCUGGCAGGUUGCUGUGGCAGUCAGCAAUACAGGGUUUCAGCAAGUCAGUUUUGUCAACAGCAUUGCAACUACUAAGGGUGGGACGCAUAUUACUUAUGUUAGUGAUCAAAUUGUAAACAAACUUAUGGAAAUUGUAAAAAAGAAAUCUGGGAAAUCUGCUGUUCAGAUCAAACCCUUCCAGAUCAAAAAUCAUAUGUGGUUAUUUGUUAAUUGCUUGAUAGAGAAUCCAACAUUUGAUUCUCAGACAAAAGAAAAUAUGACGUUAAACAUAAAAAGUUUUGGAUCUACGUGUUCUCUAAGUGAAAAGUUCAUCACACAGGCUUCCAAGUCUGGUAUAGUGGAGAAUGUGCUAUCUUGGAUUCGUUUUAAAGCAAUGGAAAAAAUGGACAAACAAUGUCACAAAUCCAAGCAUUCAAAACUCAAAGGAAUUCCUAAAUUGGAUGAUGCUAAUAAUGCGGGUACUAAAAACUCAUCCCAAUGUACCCUUAUCUUAACUGAAGGUGAUUCAGCUAAGACUUUAGCUGUAGCUGGUCUUGGAGUUGUUGGCAGAGACAAUUAUGGCGUUUUUCCACUACGAGGUAAACUGCUGAAUGUGCGUGAGGCAUCAAGUAAACAAAUAGUCGAGAAUGCAGAAAUCAAUGCUUUGAUUAAAAUUCUUGGGCUACAGUAUAAACUAAAGUAUGAAACUGUAGAAUCUCUGAAGGAUUUACGCUACGGCAAGGUUAUGAUAAUGACUGAUCAGGAUCAAGAUGGUUCACACAUCAAGGGUCUUAUCAUUAACUUCGUGCAUUGCAACUGGCCAAACUUACUUAAACACAAUAUAGUGGAGGAGUUUAUUACUCCGAUAGUAAAAGUUUUCAAAGGGAAACAGGAACAUUCAUUCUAUAGUUUACCAGAAUUUGAAGAAUGGCAAAAGUCAACGCCAAACUGGCACACAUGGCGUGUAAAAUACUACAAAGGUUUGGGUACUUCUACAAGCAAAGAAGCCAAAGAGUAUUUCUCCGAUAUGAAUAGACAUCGAAUUCGUUUUCGUUAUAGUGGAGCAGAAGAUGACGGGAGUAUCCAGUUGGCUUUUGAUAAAAGCAAAAUCGCAGAUCGUAAGAAUUGGUUGACUAACUUCACAGAAGAACGUAAACGUCGACGUGAAAUGGGUCUGCCAGAACCUUAUCUGUAUGGUAAAGACACUAGAGCUAUUACCUACCAUGAUUUCGUUCACAAGGAAUUGGUAUUGUUUUCUAAUUUGGACAAUGAACGUAGCAUUCCAUCUGUUGUAGAUGGAUUAAAACCUGGUCAAAGGAAGGUACUAUACACUUGUUUGAAGAGGAAUCUUGUGAAAGAAAUUAAAGUUGCUCAGUUGGCGGGUAGCGUUGCUGAAUUAUCAGCCUAUCACCAUGGUGAACAAUCGCUUAUGAGUACCAUCAUCGGCUUGGCUCAAAACUUUGUUGGCUCCAAUAAUUUAAACUUGCUGUUACCAAUCGGUCAGUUUGGUACACGACUCAGUGGAGGCAAAGAUGCUGCAUCGCCUCGUUAUAUCUUCACUUCGCUGAAUUCCCUCACCCGACUUAUCUUUCAUUUGGGUGAUGAUCCUCUGUUGAACUAUUUAUUCGAUGAUAAUCAGCGUAUUGAACCGGAGUGGUAUGCGCCGAUUAUUCCCAUGGUGUUGGUGAAUGGAGCUGAUGGUAUUGGAACUGGUUAUGCAACGCAUAUUCUCAAUUAUAAUGUAUUAGAGAUUAUUGCUAAUCUCUAUCGUAUGUUGGAUGGUGAGGAACCACAGCGUAUGAUACCCAGUUUCCGUGGUUUCACUGGUGUCAUUGAGGACCUAGGUAGCAAUCGAUAUGCUUGUUACGGAGAAAUUGCUGUUUUGGAUGAUGAUACUGUGGAAAUUACUGAACUGCCUAUCCGGACUUGGACACAAAACUACAAGGAAAGCGUUUUAGAGCCAAUGUUAAAUGGUACAGAGAAAGUCCCCGCCACUAUCACGGAUUAUAAGGAGUAUCAUACAGAUGUUACUGUUCGAUUCGUAGUGAAAAUGUCUCCGGAGAAAUUACGCGAAGCGGAGGCCGGUGGUCUGCACAAAUUCUUUAAACUUCAAACAGUUAUGAGUACUAGUUCAAUGGUGUGCUUUGAUCCUUUGGGUUGUUUAAAAUGUUACCCUAAUGAGAUAGCCAUUAUGCGGGAAUUCUUUGAUUUACGUCUUACCUGGUAUGAGAAGCGUAAAACUUACCUAGAAGGUGUUUUAUCUGCUGAAGCUCUAAAAUUGGAAAACCAGGCGAGAUUUGUUCUUGAAAAAAUUCAGUCGAUUAUAACGAUAGAAAAUAAACCGAAGAAGGAGUUGAUUCGUAUGCUGAAAGAUGCCAAUUAUGAUUCUGAUCCAGUCAAAGCUUGGAAAGAAAGCAUAGACAAAUCAGCUGCUGCAGAAGAGGCCGAAGCGGAAGCUGAAGCGUCAGCCUCUCAGUCUGAAAUACCUGAAUCCGGUCAACCUGAUUAUAAUUACAUUUUGAAUAUGCCUUUGUGGAGUUUAACAAAAGAGCGUAAAGAUGAUUUACUGGCGCAAAGAGAUGCUAAACGAAGCGAAUUACGCAUAUUGAAGAGUAAAUCGCCUUCAGAUUUAUGGCGUGAAGAUCUAGCCAAGUUACAGGAGGAAUAUAAGAAAGCCGAGGCAGAAUUAGCUGCCGAUGAACUUGCUGCAAUUGAGGCGGCUGAGAAGAAAUUGAAGGCAGCAUCGGUUACACAAGCUGGGCGUGCAGCAGCCACAAAAACCCGCAAAUUAGCUAAGGAGACAAGACCAGAUCCUAUGGGUAGACGUAUAGUUCCAAAAGUCGAUGCAGACAUGAUGCGAAAAGUAGAAGGAACUAAGAAGAAACGAACUAAACCUGAAGAUGAUGCAAUGGGCAGUGCUCUUGAAGUGGAUGACGAAGGCAAUGUUGCCGAUGAUGAACCUAAACCUCUUUCUCAGCGCCUUGGUAUUUCUGAUAACGUUGAUGGACCAAAGGCAACAACCAGUGUAAGCGGACGUGGUAAACGAAAAACAGAGGGAACCAGUCGGCCCAAGCCCGCCAAAACUUCUAGCGCAGAGGUUACUCCUACUAAACGCAAAAAUGUUCGUGUUGGUGAAAAGCGUAAACGCACUAAUCGUAAUCCCUGGGAUUCGGACACCGAUAGUGAAGCAUCCGGAAGUGAAGUAUCUAUGGAUAAUGACGUUGUUGUUUCACCAACAACUGCUGCAAAUCGUGCUCGACGUGCAGCAGCAGCUUCUGUGAAGUAUGUUUUUGACAAUGAAAGUAGUGAGGAAGAUGGUUCAGAAAAUAGUUUCAAAGUUGUUGAUCAUGGACAGGGUGAUAAAGAAAUUGAAGUACCCGAUGUUCCAGCUGUUCCAAAGACGAAGGAAACAGUUCCACAAAGUAGCGGUAGUAAUAGCGGUGUGUCAGAACAACCUGUUUCUGGAUCAUCGCAGAGAGUAGCUGGAAGUGCUACUGCCUCAAGUCGCGGUGGUGGUCGUGGCCGUGGUGGUGGUGGUGGUCGUGGUGGUGGUAAGCCUCGUCAGUUAUCAGCUCCGGCCAGAUCACAACCAAUCAUAAAGUCAAUGUUCAAGCCUGCUCAAAAGAAGAGCAAACCGAUCUCUUCGGAUGAAAAUUCUGACGACAAUACAGCUGCAACAACUUCUCAAAAGGAAAAACAACCCAGGGUGAAUGUUAGACGUUGUGUAACAAAACGUGUUCGUUACGUUUUUGAUUCCGAUGAUGAAGGUGAUGAUGCCGGUGACAAUGACGAUGAUGAUGAUGAUGAUUAUGCUGGUGAUGAAUGAAUAGGAGAUAAACAGAACCCUCUCUGCUGCUGCUCACAGGAAAUCCAAUGUGAUGAUGAUGAUGUUAUCGAUUUUUGUACAUAAGAUGAAAAGGACUUCUAAUCGUGGCGUGUAAAAGACAAGUUCCAAUUCUGUUCGAAAUGUUCAGUGGAAUGGGAUUGAUAACCUUGAAAACGCUUUUUCUGUCGAUUUGGUGACCCUGUAUCAAUCAAAUGAGACGAAGUAGAGCUUCUUAUAGACUUAUCUUUUUUAGCAUUUUACGAAGCACCAACCAAUUGCGAGGACAUCACCUCAC